CUUCCACUUCCUGCCGAGCAGCUCAGUUCAGGAAGAAGAAAUAAUGGCGACGCUUAUGGGGUCCGAGUCCCCCUGUACUGGAGGAAAACGAAGACAUUGCACUGGCAAUAUCGUCACUAAGUUCACGGCUAGUAAAAUCACCGGCCAGGGGUUCAGUCGAGGGACGCAGCUACCAGGAGGCCUGCUCCAGGAGAGAGAUAAACGAGCCAAGUGGCAUGGCAUCCCCGCGCUGCUGCAGAGGCUCCACGAGAGCAGCCAUCCCAACAGUGACCUCUCCCAGGCCCACAGCUUUCUCAAGGUAUUAUCAUCCCAGCUCUCCAUGGAGGCCAUGUCUUUCGUUACGGAGGACAGGAAGACCGCUCAGGAAUCCACCUUCCCCAACACGUACACCUUUGACCUCUUCGGUGGAGUCGAUCUGCUUGUGGAGAUCUUGAUGAGACCCACAUUAACUAUGCAGAAGAAAAAACCCAAUAUGAAUGAUGACUUGGUCAAGGACUGCCUUAGUGUUCUCUACAACUGUUGUAUAUGUACGGAGGGGGUCACAAAGAGCCUGGCAGCGAGGGAUGACUUUGUUCUGUUUCUCUUCACCCUGAUGACAAACAAGAAGACCUUCCUACAGACCGCUACUCUAAUUGAAGAUAUUCUCGGAGUCAAAAAGGAGAUGAUCCAUUUAGAGGGCAUCCCCAACCUGUCCGGCCUGGUCCAAAGCUUCGACCAACAGCAGCUCGCCAACUUCUGCCGCAUCCUGUCCGUCACCAUCUCAGAACCUGAUGUGGGAAACGACGACAAGCACACCCUGUUGGCCAAAAAUGCCCAGCAGAAACGCAUCGCCAGCCCCUCGCGGGCCGAGGUCAACCAGGUUACCCUGCUGAACAUCCCCGGCUUCAUUGAGCGUCUGUGUAAGCUGGCCACUAGAAAGGUGUCUGAAGCCACUGGAGCGAACUUCCUGCAGGAGCUGGAGGACUGGUACACGUGGCUGGAUAACGCACUGGUGCUGGACGCCCUCAUGCAGAUGGCCACAGAGGAGGCGGAACAAAGCAGUACAGGUGAGACGAGACACCGCUGUGCUGCUGGUUCAUUACAAUCCCUUUUUAAUUAG